UUAAUCUAGUUUUGUAGACACAAAGAUAUAACUUUCUUUACAAUAUAUUUUUGUCAUUAAAUAGAUGAGUAUGCCUAGAUAGUGAAAGAAAGAAGCAGACCGUUCCAAUUUCAUAGUUUUGAUGACUUUAUUGUUUUUUAAAAUAGUAAUUAAAUUAGUAUUAGUAAAACAAAACAAAAAAUAGCAGGUGUGUCAAAAAUGUUUAACUAGUGGUAGAGUAUGCCAUUAAACUAACAUGUCAUUUAAAUUCAGUUUAAAUGACAUAAUCUAAAGAAGGGAUGAGCAGUAAACAUUUAACAUUUGAAGUUUGUUAAAUAUAGAUAUUAUUAUUAUUAUUAUUAUUAUUAUAGACAAAUACAAAUAGGUUUUGUACAAAAACCACUAGAGAUCUUGUAUUAACCCUAAGUUUAGAAGAAAAAAAAAAUGUGAGAAACCAUUUUUGAUGACACGUUCAGUUACAGGCUAUAUAUUGAGUGAAGCUCAAAAUUACAACUACUUCAGCACUGGACAAACACACAAAACCUUCGUUCCCUUCAAAAAGAUACAUUAUUUCCAUAAAGAAGACAAAUCCACCCUAAAGAGUGAUGGCAGCGAUAGUUACCGGGCUCAUCCCAAUCCUCCGCACUGCGGUGGACUCCACUGCCACCUAUAAAGGUCGCACCAUGUGGUUCGGUUUGCUCUGCAUCCGCCUAGUGACCGUCUUUCUGGCUCAGUUUCCAUGGAAAAGCCUAAAUGAGGAUUUCCACUGUAACAGCUCUGACAUCUUCUGCACUAAAGCUUGUUUUAAUAAACACUUCGACAAUUCUAUAGUGAUGGCGUGGCAUUUCCUCUUUAUCCUUCUUGUGCUCUCGGUCCUUCUCAUGGAGCUGUUUUCCUCCCAUCUUCGAUCUUCAUUCCAGAAGAAGAAGGAGAAAGAAAUGGUAUCUCAAAGCGAGCAGGGAGCUGUCACUGAUCCCACCAUGACUGUUGGUGGUAGGAUGAUGAUAGACCUCCACAAAAGCAAAAGCAGUUUGGUGGUGUACCUGUUCAGCAUCAUGCUGCGGAUUGCAGUGGAGGUUUUGUUCGUGUAUGUCUUGUUCUGCUGGGUUCUGCCUAAACUGAAUGAAGAAUCAUACCUUUGUUAUGCACAAAAGUUUGGUAAAUGUUCAGUACAGCAAUGUGUGGUCCGAGGGGCAGCAGAAAAGAGAAUGUCUGUCUAUGCAUUACUGUUUAUGUCUGCCCUGGUUAUUAUAACAAGUGGUCUGUUCUGUCUCUACUCAAUAGGCCACUAUCUCUAAUGGUUAACAAAAGGUUCCCAUUGAACACAAGCAUAUUAAGUAGCUUUAAUGCAUCUGUAUAUAAAUUGUGUUUUUCUUUUUUCUCUUAAAUGCUUUUUUAUGGCUUACAGAUGAAUACUGUGAACUGUAUUGACUGUAUUUUAAUUGCAAGUUUAAAUGUAACUUUGCAAUAAAGAACAAAAAAUAGUU